AUGCAUCUCUUCUGGGCGUUCAUCUACAACGCGCUGCUGAUCCCGGUAGCGGCCGGAGCGCUGUAUCCAGUAUUUGCCGCGUUGGGAGGAGUGCCCGGCGGCCUGACAUUCUUCUUCGGCGACGCUGGGUUCCUGAACCCGAUUCUGGCUGCGCUGGCGAUGGCGUUCAGCUCGGUAAGCGUGGUCAGCAACUCGCUGCGGCUGCGAGCGGCCAGGUUGGUGUAA